UACAGGUCAGAGGCUGCUCACUGCCUUCUCCUUCCGGAGUGCUGUGUUGUUGGGGAUGGCGGUGCGAAUUCAGGUUGUCUGACGGCUCUCGGUCCGGCUCUGGAGUACUGGCCAUGGACGAGGCGAGUCUGGAGGCGGCCAUCGAGGUCUACAAGGCCCAGCUGCAGCAGGUGGAGCUGGCGUUGGGAGCCGGAGCCGAGGCUGAGGCCGAGGCCGACCUGCUCCAGCUCCAGGCCGACCUGCAGCAGCUGAUCGCCCUGACCGAGUCCAGCCUCCUGUCGGUCCGCAAGAGCCAGCUCCUGGAGCAGCUGCACCGGGAGGCCUCCUCCCCGCGGCCCGAGGACGGCCCCGGAGCUCAGCUGCUGGACGCCGAGUACGCCGCCUUCCAGGCGGCCCUGGGCGAGGGGGAGGCCGCCGAGCAGAGCCGGGAGCCGGAGGAGGCCGAGGAGAUCAGCGGCACCAAAGUCCGGGCUCCCUACCGUCCUGUUUGGGGGCCGCUGCAGUAUCACAACGCCAUGGUGGUGGGUGUGGAGAGUGAGCAGCCACCUGAGCCCAGGGUCCGUGUCCUGUGGAUCCACCCGACCCAGAGAGCAAUGAAGCCCUGUCCCUUCUACCUGAGUGGCAGCUGCCGCUUCCUGGAUUCCUGCAGAUACUCACAUGGAGAGGUUGUGGCUGUAUCUGAACUGCGAGAGUUUGAAGAACUGGACCUCAGUUCCCUUGAGGUGGGGUCACCCUGUUUAGCUAAGUAUGAAGAUGAGAUUUGGUACCCAGCUAAAAUCCUAGACAUUGACAAUGGUUACUUUACAGUAAAAUUUGAUUCCUUGCUUCAAAAGGAAAUUGUAGUGGAGGGAGAUGGGAUUAUGCCUGUACCUCGGGCUGAUGAGUCUUCCUCAUCUUCUAGCUCUGAGGAUGAGGGGCAGCUUGGUUACGCAAAUGUCUUCGAUGAAAACUCUGUGGACGUAGGAAAUUGGACUCCAGCUUGCAGCUCUUCAUUUGCUGGUUGGGAAGCUCACACUCGGGGAAUAGGAUCCAAAUUAAUGGCUAAACUGGGCUAUGAAUUUGGAAAAGGUUUGGGGAAAAAUGCUGACGGUCGAGUGGAACCUGUACAAGCAGUGGUUUUACCACCAGGGAAAUCCCUAGAUCAAUGUGCUGAAAUCCUGCAAAACAAGCGGGAUGGAAAACUGAGCCAUCUCCACAAAAAGAAGCACAAGAGGAAAUUCGAAGGAGGCUCGCGUGUUGUUAAAGAAAGAAAACCUCGCCAGACUGUGUUUGACUUUUUGAAUGACAAACUUGGAAGUACUGGACAGACUAGCAGUUCAUUAGUUCAAACUGGAUUCCCCGUGGGAGAAAAAAAUAGCAAAGAACGUUACAGGGGCAGUAAAAGCAUGAAGAAAGCUCUAAAUACCCAGCUUUUUCAAAUAGCAGAAAAAAUUGAGCAUACGGAAAAGGACAUUGCAAAAAUUAGGGAGGCACUUGCAAGAAAUAUUGGAAGAGACAAAGCAGUAACCUCCCAUCUGGAAGAGAAGUUAUCUAAUGCAAAGAAGCAAUUAUCCUAUCUAAAGUCUCAGGAAUCAGGGGCUCAGCAAGAACAAAAGAAAGCAGACACACACAAGAGGAUGACCAAAUUCUGAUUUAAAUAUCAUUCAUUGUUCUUUGUCCUUUUUUUUGAAAUAUACCAAUGCGUGCAGCAUUUUUUCUGUAAGAUUUAUCCAGUGGAGUUAACAUAAUAUGGUUCUUGUAGUUUGUGUUAUUUGAUAUGUCUUUUUGAAUGUUUUGCAUUUUAAUGCAGAGCGUUAAUAACAAAAAUCAUUUGUGUUCUUAGGUGAGGUUGAUGCACCAUACCCAGAUCUAAUCACAAUUGCUUUAGUAACAUUUUGAAAACUGAGAAUUUUGUUUAUGUCAGUGUUGUGAAUUGUAUACCGUUGACUAUAUAAAAUUGCUUCCUCCAAA